UUUCGGAUUGGGCUUUCUGUAGGUUGAUUGUUGGAAACACUACUCUGAACUAUAUGUUUAUAGAACCAAGAAGUUGUAAAGAAAGUUUCAGGUGGAGAUCAGCCAAAGAGUCGAGCGGUGCCCUUGUUGAGACCUGUAAAAGAGAGGGCUUUUUCAUUGACAAACGUGGCAAAUUGAGAAGCUUUAAUCGCAAAAAACUCUCCAGAAAAAGAUGUGGUUCUUUAAGAGGACAAGGAUGGAAAUAUGGAUCUGGAUUUGUUGAUGGAAUUUUCCCUGUUUUGAGCCCUACUGCUCAGCAGAUUCUUAAUUUUGUGCGGAACCACGUGGAUCCCAGUAGAAUUGAGGCUGCUCUCAAUAGUCUUCCUCUCACACAUGCCUCAUGGGAUGAUAUUAUUAAUGUGGCUGUUCAACUUCGUCUAAAUAAAAAAUGGGAUCCGAUUAUACUGAUAUGUGAGUGGAUAUUGGACAGGAGCUCCUUUCAGCCUGAUGUCAUCUGCUUCAAUUUGCUUAUAGACGCUUAUGGGCAGAAAUGUCUGUGCAAGAAAGCAGAAUCAACAUAUUUACAACUUCUUGAAGCCCGAUGUGUGCCUACAGAAGAUACUUAUGCCCUUCUGCUAAAGGCCUAUUGCACAUCUGGGUCCAUAGAGAAGGCUGAAGCUGUCUUUGCUGAGAUGCGAAAGUAUGGACUUCCGCCAAAUGCAACUGUAUAUAAUGCUUACAUUAAUGGGCUAAUGAAGGGAGGAAACCCUGAAGAUGCUGUAAAUAUCUUCCAGAGGAUGAAGAGAGAUCACUGUGAAGCAACAGCUGAGACUUAUACUUUGAUGAUUAACUUAUAUGGGAAGGCUAGUAAAUCUUACAUGGCUUUAAAGUUGUUUAAUGAAAUGAGAAGUCAAAAAUGUAAACCAAAUAUCUGUACGUACACUGCUCUAGUGAAUGCAUUUGCUAGAGAAGGACUUUGUGAGAAAGCUGAAGAAAUUUUUGAGCAGCUUCAAGAAGCUGGGCAUGAGCCUGAUGUAUACACUUACAAUGCACUCAUGGAGGCUUACAGUCGUGCAGGUUAUCCCUUUGGGGCAUCAGAAAUAUUCUCACUCAUGCAGCACAUGGGGUGUGAACCAGAUAGAGCAUCAUAUAAUAUAAUGGUAGAUGCAUAUGGUAGAGCUGGCCUUCAUGAGGAGGCAGAAGCUGUGUUUGAAGAGAUGAAGAGGUUAGGUAUAGCUCCAACAAUGAAAUCCCACAUGCUACUUUUGUCUGCCUACUCAAAAACUGGGAAUGUAUCAAAAUGUGAAGACAUUGUGAAGAAAAUGAACGAAUCUGGGUUAAAACCAGAUACAUUUGUUCUUAAUAGCAUGCUGAACCUGUAUGGGCGGUUAGGCCAGUUUGACAAGAUGGAGGAGGUUUUGGUUGCCAUGGAAAAGGGCCCAUAUGUAGCAGACAUAAGCACAUACAACAUCUUGAUCAAUGUGUAUGGGCGGGCAGGAUUUUGGGAAAGAAUGGAAGAGUUAUUCACUUCCCUUGCCGCCAAAAAUUUGAAAGCUGAUGUGGUAACAUGGACAUCUCGUCUUGGUGCUUAUUCCAGAAAGAAGCUAUACAACAAGUGCUUAGAGAUCUUUGAAGAAAUGAUUGAUGCUGGUUGUUACCCGGAUGGAGGAACGGCCAAAGUAUUGCUCUCUGCGUGUUCUAGUGAAGAUCAAUUACAGCAGGUUACCACUGUAAUCAGAACAAUGCACAAAGACAUGGGGAUUCUAGAUCUCCUGUAAAUAAAUGAAUAUUUUUUCUUGUUCUUUCAAUUAUGUAUAUGACAAUAAGUCCUGCAAAAUGAUUGCUAGCAUUAUAUAUGACAAGUUGGUUGGGUUUUUGUCUUAGUCUGCCAUCUACUAUCUGGUCUGCACAAGACUUUUUUGGCUGGAGCAAGAGACAGAUUUAGAUGUAAAUUUUAUGAUUCCUGUUUUGUAUUUGGUUUAACAUUAGAUUUAAAAGUAUAUACAUAGAUUCAAGAGCAAA